AUGUCCGCGGCCGCCUACAUGGACUUCGUGGCUGCCCAGUGUCUGGUUUCUAUCUCCAACCGCACCGCGGUGCCAGAACAUGGGGGCGCUCCGGACGCCGAGCGGCUGAGACUACCUGAGCGCGAGGUGACCAAGGAGCACGGUGACCCGGGGGACACCUGGAAGGAUUAUUGCACACUGGUCACCAUCGCCAAGAGCUUGUUGGACCUGAACAAGUACCGACCCAUCCAGACCCCCUCGGUGUGCAGCGACAGUCUGGAGAGUCCCGAUGAGGAUAUAGGAUCCGACAGCGACGUGACCACUGAAUCUGGGUCGAGUCCUUCCCACAGCCCGGAGGAGAGACAGGAUUCUGGCAACACGCCCAGCCCGCUCUCCCUCCUCCACUCUGGAGUGGCUGCGAAGGGGAAACACGCCUCCGAAAAGAGGCACAAGUGCCCCUACAGUGGCUGUGGGAAAGUCUAUGGAAAAUCCUCCCAUCUAAAAGCCCAUUACAGAGUGCAUACAGGUGAACGGCCCUUUCCCUGCACGUGGCCAGACUGCCUUAAAAAGUUCUCUCGCUCGGAUGAGCUCACCCGCCACUACCGGACCCACACUGGUGAGAAGCAGUUCCGCUGUCCGCUGUGUGAGAAGAGAUUCAUGAGGAGUGACCACCUCACCAAGCACGCCCGGCGUCACACCGAGUUCCACCCCAGCAUGAUCAAGCGAUCAAAAAAGGCUCUUGCCAGCCCCUUGUGAGGUGCUCCCCACGGCAGCCAGGCAGAGAUGGUCCCCGGAAGGACAAAGCUCCCAGGAAACAGACGGACAUGGGACAUGUGGAAACCCGCCCGAGCAGAGGCGCGCGGCCACAGGAGGUCACCGCUCUUUGGUCAAUAGUCUGAUACUCUCUCCCUGUCCUGUUUCCAAAAAGCACAUGGUAGCCUAAGAUCAAAGUCAACAUUUGGUCGGCUUGCAGAGGCAACCUGGAACCGUCUCUUGACUGUUGGAGGGCAAGCAAAUGCUUUUGGUAUUUUCUCCUUUGUUUUGGGGGGGUGGGUGGGAGGGAGGAGGCAAGGCCAAGACUCGGGAUAGGAUUUUGAAGAUUCACACUGGUGUACAUAUGUCUGACUGGGUGAGUUGACCCCUGGCCUCCCACAGUGACAAUGGGUCGUUGAUGCUUGUCGACUCUCAGAAUUGUUUUCUUCUCUUUAAUGUAACGACCAGUGUGCUUCAGUUUAUUUAGCAAAACCACUCUUGAAUCACUUUAACUUUUGAGAUUUAAAAAAAAAAAAUCCUCCAUAG